AUGGACGGUUUCGACGAGGAGGCCUUUAAAAAGUUCUUCCCGACGAGCUUUGGCAAACAACAGAAGGGCACCGACGUGGGCGCUCAGAUUGAUCGCACCAAGCGCAAGCAUGUCACUGCCAAGCCUGAUGGCGAUGAUGAAGCCGAGAAGGCAGGUCUGAGUAGUGAAAACGCUGACGCCCAAAUCGCUGCCGACGAGCAUAAAGAGCACGAUCGCGACGACAGCGAUGAGGAUUCUGACGACUCCGACUCCGAUUCGGAUGAUGAAGACGAGUUCCCCGUCUCCCAUGAGCUCAUGCUCAAAACUCAUGAACGCGCCGUGACGACAAUCACAGUCGAUCCCGCAGGAUCGCGACUCAUUACAGGCUCUACAGAUUGCACCAUAAAACUACAUGACUUUGCUUCGAUGACGCCGUCGACCGUACGCGCCUUCAAGUCCGUCGAUCCUUCUGCCAAAAAACAGUCCGCGGCGCAGGAUGCGCAUGCUGUGCACUAUGCCGGAUUCAACCCCCUUUCGCCGGGCUAUGUUCUCGUGGUUUCCGCUACGCCGCAGCCUCGGAUUCUGGAUCGCGACGGAGAGACGGUGACGGAGUUCGUCAAGGGAGACAUGUACCUGAGGGACCUGAACAACACGAAAGGUCAUAUAUCGGAGACGACGAGUGGUGCGUGGUGUCCGACCGACGAGAACCUCUGCGUAACUGCGGGAACCGAUAGCACGGUGCGCAUCUGGGAUGCGAACAUGGGCCGGUCGCAGAAGGAAGUCAUCAUGUACAAAUCGAGAGUCGCCGGUUCCGCUGGUCGGAGCAAGAUGACCGCCGUCGCUUGGGCCUCUCCUAAGCAAGGCGGCCCCAAUGUCCUUGUCGCCGCUGCGCUUGAUGGCAGUCUGAUGAUGUGGAGCGGUAACGGGCCGUUCCAUCGGCCAAGCGGUGAGAUUCGAGAUGCUCAUGAGCGGGAUACGUGGACCAGCGGGCUGGAUAUCAGCUCGGACGGGAGAUUGGUGGUUACCAAGGGCGGAGACGAUACGAUUAAGCUUUGGGAUACCAGGAAAUUCAAGCAGCCGAUCACGACUGUCGCGCAUCCCUCGAGUUCCUUCCGGUAUCCCUCCUCGAACAUCGUUUUCUCGCCUACAUCCGCCAAUGUCCUCACGGGGUCGGAGACUGGGCAUCUGCAUAUCUUGAACCCGGCCACGCUGAAGCCUGAGUUAGUCACCCCAGUCACCCCCGGAUCGGCUCUUAUCACGGUACAAUGGCACGAAAAGCUCAACCAGAUUCUUACCGGGUCUGCUAAUGCCGAGACCCAUGUCUUGUAUAAUCCCAACAUGUCGACGAAGGGGGCGGCCUUGGUUAUGUCCAAGGCCCCGAAGCGUCGCCACAUCGACGAUGAUCCAAACCUCACGAUGGAUCUCUCCCAGGGCAUUUCCGGCGAUAACGUGGUGGUCGGAUCGAAUGGCGUUCCUCAUUACAGCUCAGCAACCUGGUCCGCUCGGCAUCCGACCAUCGGACUUACAGCCUCGGGUCGUCCCAAGGACCCGCGACGACCUCAUCUACCGGCACAGACACCAUUUGCCAAGUCGAAUCCGGAUGAGAAACAUAUCCGGGAGAACAUCCCGUUGAGUUCCAUGCGGGACGAGGAUCCUCGAGAAGCUCUCCUCAAGUACGCGGAGAAGGCCCAAAAGGAUCCUUUGUUCACCAAGGCAUGGAAAGAGACCCAGCCCACGCCGAUCUACCGCGAGCUGAGUGACGAUGAAGAGGAGCCCGAGAAGAAACGAGCGAGGCGAUGA